AAGUUACCGUUUCAUGUCUAUGCCCUUAAAGCAUGAUUACAUAGGCUUAUCAGAGUCAGUUCCUUCAAUGGAAAGCUCUGGCAAGUCUUCUGAGAAAAAAAGUGGUUCUGGUUUGAACCUUAAGGCCACUGAGCUGAGACUGGGUUUGCCCGGGUCCGAGUCCCCAGAAAGAGAGGAGGGUCUUGCGGGGCUGGGCUUAGUCACUGGAGCUAAGAGAGGUUUCUCUGACGCCAUUGAUGGAGUUUCUGGCAAGUGGGUUUUCUCUGGAAAAGGUGGAUCUGCGGCUGAUUUGGUUAAAGGUGGUAACUUGUUUUCUCCUCGAGGUGUUAAUAAUGGUGGGUCGGAGUCUAACAACCGUACAACGGGUUUGACUGUCUCGUCAACUGUCAAAGAUGGUGUUCCUCAGUCCCCAAAGCCAUUGCAGCAGAAGAAGCCUCAGCCCUUUGCUCCGACUGCAAAGUAA